GGUUGCGCAACUUGGCAACAUGGCAGCGUCCGUGCGGCUCUUGUUCCGUCGGAUAUCUCGUCUUUCUCACAGAAAUAUAACCUCUGCUGCUGAUAGUUUUUCACGCCGGCCAGGCUGCUGCUUUGGUCCUUUUCCCUCUCGCUGUAUUAGUGACGCAGCAGAGGACAGAAACACACACUUUGGCUUUGAGACGGUGCCCGAAGCGGAGAAGGCGAAGAGAGUAUACAAGGUGUUUGAGAAUGUGGCGGAGAAAUACGACAUCAUGAACGAUGCCAUGAGCCUCGGCAUCCAUCGACUUUGGAAGGAUAUGCUCCUGCACGUCAUGCACCCGCAGCCUGGCGCUCGACUCCUGGAUGUGGCCGGUGGAACAGGUGACAUUUCUUUUCGUUUCCUGGACUACGUUUAUCAUCAGCAAGAGAGACAGAAGCGGCGAGCUUUGGGCUCCAGUCAGACGCUGUCAUGGCAGGAUAUUUCUGAGAAGUACCCCGCUGAGGACGCUCCCCAUGAGUCCAAUUCUGUGGUUUGCGACAUCAACAAAGAGAUGCUGAAAGUGGGAAAACAGAGAGCUGACAGCAUGGGCAUCACAUCAGGUCUUUCAUGGGUGGUGGGAGACGCAGAAGAGCUGCCCUUCGAUGAUGACCAGUUUGAUAUUUACACCAUCGCCUUUGGCAUUCGGAAUGUCACACACAUCGAUCAGGCUCUUCAAGAGGCUUUUCGUGUCCUGAAGCCUGGUGGCAGAUUCAUGUGUUUAGAGUUCAGCAAAGUGACCAAUCCUGUUCUAGCGCGCCUGUAUGAUGCGUACAGUUUCCAGGUGAUCCCGGUGUUAGGAGAGGUUAUUGCUGGAGACUGGAAGUCCUAUCAGUAUUUGGUGGAGAGCAUCCGCAACUUUCCAGAUCAGGAGGAGUUCAAAGGAAUGAUCGAGGAUGCAGGUUUCUGCAGCGUGCAAUACUUCAACUUCACAGGUGGAGUGGUGGCUCUUCACUCAGGUUUCAAGCUGUGAGCUGCACGCUAAAUCCGUCGCGUAGGAGGACAGAAAAACUGCGUUUGGGGCUGAUGUGUUACGGACUGAUUUCAGACACAGCAGCUCUCUGCAGAAAGCUUAGCUUAAUAACAAGGCAGGUCGGUGGAUGUUAUUUAUUGGAUUAUCUGGGAAGUGAUGUUGCACUUGUAAAAAAAAGUACACUAGAAAUGUUUUCAUUACCUCCUCUGAAAAAAAUGUUUUUUUUUAACAUUAGCCUCAUUUGAAUAAAUAAUAGAACUUUGAACUGAU